AUGGCCACGCAAGGCAGCAUAAACCAUGCUUUGUCCAUGACAAUAUUAGCUGAGUGCUCCACUUCCAAAGCUCGGGCCAGUGUUGUCAGGUUACCGCACGCUCUGGUCGACACGCCAGUAUUUAUGCCCGUGGGAACUCAGGGGACACUAAAGGGUUUGGUUCCCGACCAGCUGAGAGAACUCGACUGUCGGAUCAUGCUGGGCAACACAUACCAUUUGGGACACAGACCUGGUCCUGAUUUGCUAGAGAAAGCUGGAAGACAAUUAUUCUCUUAUUGUUUUUCAUUUCAGGACAGUGGCGGCUUUCAAAUGGUCUCAUUGUUAGAGUUGGCAGAAAUCACAGAAGAAGGUGUCAAGUUCAGAUCCCCACAUGAUGGCUCAGAAAUGCUCCUUACACCAGAAAAAUCUAUUGAAAUUCAAAAUUCAAUUGGAGCAGAUAUCAUCAUGCAACUUGAUGAUGUUGUGCACUCAUCAGUAAGUGGGCCAAGGCUGGAGGAAGCUAUGUACAGGACCAUACGAUGGUUGGACAGAUGCAUCAAAGCUCACCAGAGACCCAAAGACCAGUGUUUGUUUCCAAUAGUGCAAGGUGGACUCGAUGCUGAGUUGAGAACAAAAUGUGCCCAUGAACUGAUCAAGAGAGAUGUGGGAGGUUACGCUAUUGGUGGUCUCAGUGGUGGGGAGGAGAAGGCCGAGUUCUGGAGGAUGGUCAAAAUCUCCACAGACCUGCUCCCGAAGGAGAAGCCACGAUACUUGAUGGGAGUCGGGUUUGCAGUGGACCUAGUUGUGUGUGUGGCACUGGGAUGUGACAUGUUUGACUGUGUGUUUCCCACACGAACUGCUAGAUUUGGCUGUGCCCUAGUUAAAACAGGUCAGCUAAAUUUGAAAAGUAAAACCUUUGCUAAAGAUUUCCGGCCGAUUGACAGCGAGUGCCAUUGUUCUACAUGUCAGACAUACACGAGAGCAUACCUUCAUACGUUAGCCAAUACGGAGCCUGCGGCUUGUAACAUUAUCACUGUACACAACGUGGCAUAUCAGCUGGAGCUGAUGAGGUCCAUGCAUCAGAGCAUCCUUCAGGAUAAGUUCCCAAAUUUUGUGCAGCAAUUCUUUUUAACCCUGUUUCCACAGAAGGGCUACCCAAACUGGGCAGUAGAAGCUUUAGCCAGUGUCAACAUUCAUUUACUUUAG